AUGGACAAUGAAUUCCAUCUAAGUGAAUUCAAAAGCAUCAAAAAGCUUGGAUCGGGCCGCUUUGGUAAGGUGCUACUGGUUGCCACAUCCAGGGACCACCAUAUCUCGGAUUUAGCCAGUGUAAAUGGAGAGUUUUACUAUGCAAUAAAGAUAGUAGGUAACACGAAACUGGACAAACCGAUUCUGAAUUUGUCCAAUGUGUCCAACAUCAACCGAGUAAAGAACGAGGUUCGCAUAAUUAAGCUACUGCGCGGUUUUCAGCAUCCCAACAUUCUUCAAUCAUACAGCAUAAUCAGCCACUCUUCCAAUAAUCGAAUAUAUUUUGUUAGCGAGUACUGUUCCAUUGGAGAGCUGAAUCGCACAAAUUUUGCAACAUAUCCGACCACAAGGGAUAAGAUGGAGAACAUACAGACCAAGCUCCGAGACGUGGUCAAUGGGCUGGAAUUCCUCCACUUGCAGAAUAUCAUACACAGGGACAUUAAACCAUCCAAUUUACUAGUUGAUCAUCACGGCAGGGUCAAGAUCUCAGACUUCGGAACAUGCUAUAAACUCACAGGAAACGAGCUAGAAGACAAUUUUGAGGUGUUCAAGAAGAUCGUGGGGACGCCGUUGUUUAUAGCUCCGGAAAUCUGCGAAAACGAAAACACAAAGGAGCAGACUACAGGCAAAUCUGGCUUCUCGCUCUUCAAGUUUAAAAAAGAAAAAGAGUCUGAUCCGGGGUACAAGAUUGAUGUCUGGUCCCUGGGAAUCACUUUGUUUUAUCUCUUCUUCGAGACUUUCCCUUUCUACAAUGAAAACGAGUUUAAAUUGUUUCAUGACGUGGUAGAAAAUGACAUUGUAUUCCCGCCGUUCGCAGAGUGCUACACGCUGAAAAGGCUUACAGAUGCCAACUAUGGCUACGAUUACAACUCAAAGCUGGUGUCGUACUUCAAGUCUCUUGUUGAACUGCUGCGCAAAAUGUUGGAAAAGAGGCCCGAGAACCGGGUCGCAUUGAGAGCCGUCAAAACACACAAGCUGCUGAAGUAUUUUGCUGACUCAAAAACUCACCACGCAUACCUCAAACUCAACGACACGGUGCUCAAGAGCUCCGGCAGCUCGGGCCACCUAUUACGCAAUUCACGCUCGGGAGACCUCCUUAGCGAUUUCGACGAGGUGGCAGACACGUCGCGUUUCAAAGGAUUUUCCAAGCUGUUGAAUCUUUCCGGCUCUGCGACGCCUGAAUCCGACCUGUCUGAAGCCUCAGUCAUAAACAACUCUGCUGUCUCGCUGCCUAUCAACACAAAACACCGCCAUCUUCAGAACGCCAACGAACACCAAAUUAAUAAGCCUGUUGCUCCGUUCGUUGCUCCACAGGCCGCCAAAAAUAGAAAUUCUGUUAACACCAUCAACUCAUUACCCACAAAGCUUACCGAGGUGGUCGCGCCCGACCUCCAUAGCCCGCUGCUCGCGCAACCAACUGUUGCUCCGCCAAAAAUUUACUCGACAAGCUCUGCGGCCUCCACAGGCUCGAGCACAACAUCGUUGAGCAAGCUCAAAGUCAGCAAUAGAGUCAACUUCAAGGACGUGCUCGGCGAAAACUAUAACUCGCGCAAAAUGUACACGAUGGACCAAUUUCUAAGUAGGGAUUAA